CGGCUCAUGAAAGGCAGCUCAACUAAAAAGUGAGCUAGACACAGUGAGAGACUCGGCAGGGCUGCUGCACAUUCAAAAUAGAGGGAGAGGGAGGGAAGAGAGAGAAGGAGAGUGAGGGACAGACAGAGCUGAAAAGGAGAGCACAAAGAGAAGGAAAGUGGAGCAGGGGAGGGGAACAGGAGGCUGGGUGAAGGGAGAGGGAAAGACAAAAGAAGGAGAGGGGAGACAUAGCAGGGUGAACGGAGGGGACUGAGCAAAUGGCUACGGAGGAGACGGCGGGGGGAGCCAGGAAAGCCACCAAGAGCAAACUAUUUGAGUUCCUGGUCCAUGGAGUGCGUCCUGGCAUGCCAUCUGGAGCGAGGAUGCCCCACCAGGGAGCUCCCAUGGGCCCCCCUGGUCCCCCCUACGGCGGGAGCCCAGCGGUUCGGCCCGGACUGCCCUCCCCGGUGAUGGAGCCCAGUCGUAAAAGGCCUGCCCCCUCCCAACAGGUCCAGCAGCAGCAGCAGCAGCAACAACAGCAGCAGCAGGCCGUGCAGAACCGCGCCAGGAAGAAGCCAGUUGGAUUCCCCGGAGCCAAUGAGAUGCCGACGAGGCAGAUGGACAUGAGAGAGCCCCAAUCAGAUCCCACGCUCGGAUCAAAUGCUAAGAGAAGGAAAAUGGCAGACAAGAUUCUUCCGCAAAGGAUCCGUGAGCUGGUCCCAGAGUCUCAGGCCUACAUGGAUCUGCUGGCUUUUGAGCGCAAGCUGGACCAGACAAUCAUGCGUAAGCGAGUGGACAUCCAGGAGGCACUGAAGAGACCAAUGAAGCAGCAAAAGCGUAAACUGAGGCUCUACAUUUCAAACACCUUCAACCCAGCUAGACCUGAUGCUGAUGACUCAGAUGGCAGCAUUGCAUCAUGGGAGCUGCGGGUAGAGGGGAAGUUGCUGGAUGAUCCAGGGAAGCAGAAGAAGAAGUUCUCUUCGUUUUUUAAGAGCCUUGUGAUCGAGCUGGACAAAGACCUGUACGGUCCUGACAACCACCUGGUUGAGUGGCACCGCACGCCCACUACACAGGAGACAGAUGGCUUCCAGGUGAAGCGGCCAGGAGACGUGAGCGUGCGCUGCACUCUGCUGCUGAUGCUGGACUACCAGCCUCCUCAGUUCAAGCUGGACCCUCGACUGGCUCGCCUUCUUGGCAUUCACACUCAGACUCGCUCCUGCAUCAUCCAGGCACUCUGGCAGUACGUGAAGACUAAUAAGCUGCAGGACUCACAUGACAAGGAGUACAUCAACUGUGACAAGUACUUCCAACAGAUUUUUGACUGCCCUCGGCUGAAGUUCUCUGAGAUACCUCAGCGCCUCACCAACCUCCUUCUGCCCCCCGACCCCAUCGUCAUCAACCAUGUCAUCAGUGUGGACCCCAACGACCAGAAGAAGACGGCAUGCUACGACAUCGACGUGGAGGUGGAAGACCCCCUAAAGGGCCAGAUGAGCAGCUUCCUUCUCUCCACUGCAAACCAGCAGGAAAUCGCCUCACUUGACAACAAGAUCCAUGAGACCAUUGAGUCCAUCAACCAACUGAAGAUCCAGAGGGACUUUAUGCUCAGCUUCUCCAGAGAUCCCAAGGGCUACAUUCAGGACUGGCUCAAAUCCCAAAGCAGAGACCUUAAGUUAAUGACAGACGUAGUGGGGAACCCUGAGGAGGAGAGGAGGGCGGCGUUUUACCAUGAACCCUGGUCCCAGGAGGCCGUCAGCCGUUAUUUCUACUGCAAGAUUCAGCAGAGGAGACAGGAGCUGGAACAGGCCUUAGCGGUUCGCAACACCUAAGCAGAGGCCCCUCUGAAUUUCUGCAUAUGACUUCAGAGCUGUGUGUGUCUGUAUGUGUGUGUGUGUGUGUGUGAGGCCAUCACUGAAGUCUAGUGAAAUGUUAAAUCUUUAAAAGUAUUAACUAAACUAAAAGAAAUGUUCAUCGUUCAGUUUCUGAUCAGUGUUUUUGACUUUAACAGCCACCAUGUGCAUGUAUGAGAGCCAGAACUCAAUGUGUCCACUUCUUUUGUCCCCUUUUGGACCACAAAGACUUAAAAUCAUCAGCUGUUGUCCCUCUGUGGCAAUGCUUUGUAAAUAUAUCACAAGGAAAGGACAAAUCUUCAACCAGCUGCUCACACACUGCUGCGUUUCUAGACUCAAACAUUUCAUGAAGUGAAACAGUUACUGUCAGUUCUCACAUUGCUCUGAGUAAGUCCUUUUUACGUUGUCCAAGUCAUCAUAGAUUUUAUUUUAUUGUGUGAUUUGAAGUGUGACUGUGCAUUUUAUCUAUUUUGAGUGUUUCUGCAAGGUUAAUUAACAACACCAGCAAAGCUGAGAUUACGGUGUGGCACAUUGAGUGGCUGCAGAGGUGUAGAUUUCAUUCAUUUUCAGUUUAAAUCAGUAACAAAAUCCCCAAUAUGUCUUUCACCAGACGAAGAGACUUCUGAACUGAAGUAUUACCACGUUAUCCGCUCUGUGUCUGUUCAUAGUGGUGUUAAAUGAAGGAGAUUACAAGUGUUGAAGAUCAUAAUUGUCUUAACUUAAUGACUAAAAAGAAAAAAAAGAAAAAACAUGGCUCUAUGUGUCAGGCCCUGUUGACUGAUUUGUUACUCAUUGCCUCCUUUUUUUAUGCUCAGAAGGUGUUACCAAAGGCUGCAACAAGAAGAAGAACAUGAUCACUGAAGUAGAAGUGGACAAGAACACAGAACUGGGCUUAAAUACAUCUGAUCAGUCAUUUUUCCCAAUAACCUUUAACCACUUAAGCUCUGUGUUUUUGGGCUUUUUGUCCAUUUCUACAUUUUUUCAUGUUUUUCUCAUAAAAAAAAGAUUUUUUUUUUAUGUAGAGAUGUGAAUGUAAAUAUGUAUUUGUGUCCUUUAAAGGGCCAGUUGUACAUUAUACAACGGAAUCCAUGUUUUUUUUGGUUUGUUUUGUUUUUGGGAGGAGUUACAUGUUGCAGUAUGAGAGCUCCAUGAAUUUUGAAUUAGUAGAGCAGGAAUGUUAGUGUUCCUCUGUGUGCUGUCUUGGCUUUGGGGUGGUUUAUUUUAGGUCCAUCCCUUAUCUGUCGUGGGAGCUGCAACAAAAUCGACCUCCUUCACUUGCGUUCUCAGUAGCUGUAACACAAAAUAUAAUCUGCACCAAUCUCAUUUUACACCCUUUUUUAAAUGACACUUGACUUUUAUGUAUAUGUUGUACUGUCAGAUGGAAAUUUUUUUCCCAGCAGUUUCUAGAUCGGAACCUUUUGGGGGUUUCUUUGCACUGUGCUGUAACUCUGUCGGGACUCUCUCUGUCAAGGGUGAGCCCCCUUUUUAUUAUCCCAGUGUCCAUGAAAAGUGAUUUCACGAUAACCUAUGCAUGCUCCAUGGACAUUGAUACAUCCGAUGAGACAGUAUCUGUAAAUAUAAAAAGCCGGCAUAGCAGUGUGCAUGAUGAGCGCGGACUCAGCACAUUUGUUGAAAUGCCUUCUGGAAACUCUGUUUGCCAAAAAUGACUUGCCCAACCAGCAACUAACUGUAGGUGUGAUUUAUUUUCUGAGCUGUGUUUUUGUUACUAAAUUAUAUUAACUGCACUCUAGAGGAGAAACAGUAGUCAUAGGUCGUGUCUUGGUCCUGUGUCUGAGCUGGAGUGGUUUUUCUUUGUACGGCCAGGGCAUUCUUAUUGUUGUCACUGAAUCGUCAGCCCCCUCAUCUGGAGGAAACAAGAGUUGUGACUCCUCAGCUUUGAGCAGCUUGGUAAUCAGAGUCUUUCAUUACUACUGUGUCUUCUGUUACUCACAUAUUGUUGACAUGUUUGUCUAAACCCCUGCAUGUGUUUCUGAAGAGUGGGAGCUGCUCUUUCCCUCUGUUUACACUGAGGGUCACCAACAUGGAGAUUAUAGUAUACACAAUAAUACUGUAUAUCUGUAAAGGGUUUGGUGAUUAUGCCCUACAAAAAUAAAAAACAAAAAAAAAAACACA